AUUAGAUUCAUAUAUUUUCCACCUUCCUUCUUCUGUUCCUACUCAGGUUCAAAUCCGCAGAUUGCCAAAGCCAGUUAUCGCGAUGAGAGCAUUUCUUGUGGUUGAUCUGUUUGAUUUUGGACUGAGUCUGGUUGCUGGUUAUUCUAUUGGAGGAGGACACAUUUUGCACAUGGUCUGCGAUCUAACAAUUGUAGCUGAUAAUGCUAUUUUUGGUCAAACGGGUCCUAAGAUUUUCCCUCUAGCCUCGGUUGGAAGUUUUGAUGCUGGUUAUGGAAGUUCUAUCAUGUCUCGUUUGGUUGGUCAUAAAAAGGCACGAGAAAUGUGGUUUAUGACGAAGUUCUACACAGCUUCUGAAGCAGAGAGAAUGGGACUUAUCAAUACAGUUGUGCCGCUAGAAAAGUUGGAGAAAGGAACUGUGAAAUGGUGCAGAGAAAUCUUGCGGAACAGUCCAACUGCAAUCCGAGUGCUUAAGGCAGCACUCAACGCUGUUGAUGAUGGCCAUGCCGGAGUUCAGGGACUCGGUUGCGAUGCGACACUCUUAUUCUAUGGAACCAAAGAAGCUGUCGAAGGGAGAACUGCUUACAUGCACCGCCGACCACCAGACUUCUCUAAAUUUCCCCAGCAACCUUAAACUCACUUCUAGCUCAGUUCAUGGGUUUCCAUUACUUUAUUUUUUUUAAUAACUAUUUUCAUUACAG